UGAGUGGGAAGCAGUCGGGACGCUGGUUGGGAGACUGUUGCACUCUACUGACUCUCCUGUGCCGUUAGAGCUGUCACGCCUGGAUCUGCCCCCGGCCGGAGUCAUGUUCCCUGAAGCCAGAGAGCUGUGCCUAUUCCUGGGAUUCUAUCUGCUUUCCCUCGCCUCACACACACACGCCAGAGCCAGAGCCCGUCCGGAUUUGUUCUGCAUAUUUCAUGGCAAGCGGUACAUCCCGGGGGAGAGCUGGCACCCUUACCUGGAGCCGCAGGGGGUCGUGUACUGCAUACGCUGCACCUGUACUGAGGGCGGCAGUGUAAACUGUUACAGAAUAAAGUGUCCCGUCCUGCACUGUGUCCAUACUGUGACCGACCCACACCAGUGCUGCCCGCGAUGUGUAGAACCGCACUCUCCUUCUGGGCUCCGGGCCCCUGUGAAGUUCUGCCAGCACAAUGGGACCAUCUAUCAGCAGGGCGAGAUGUUCACCACUCACGAGCUGUUCCCGUCGCGGCAAUCUAACCAGUGCGUGCAGUGCAGCUGCUCGGAUGGACAGAUUUACUGCGGAUUAGUGACCUGCCAGGAGUUGGUGUGUUCCUCUACCCUGACCGUCCCCGACUCGUGCUGCCCAAUUUGCAGAGACAGUUCCUAUGAGAGGUCUGUGGAAGAGGAGCCGCUGCAGUUACACAGAGGUGUGCGACACUCCCAUGAGCAAUGUCUGAGCGAGCCAAUCAGCAAAAAGUCUUUGGGGGCAACUGCAUCCACCAUCAUCAGCUCCUCCCUCGGCUUCAACCCUCGGAGCUUCAAGCAGAAAGGCGGGGGGGGCGGCACAACAGUGAAGAUUCUAAUGAAAGAAAAACACAAAAAAGCGUGUGUUUAUAAUGGAAGAACCUAUUCCCACGGGGAAGUCUGGCACCCAGUGUUCCGAACCUUUGGCCCAAUUCCCUGUAUUCUCUGCACGUGUAAAGAUGGAAACCAGGAUUGUCAGAGGGUCAUCUGCCCCGAGGAAUAUCCCUGCGUAUAUCCGGAGAAAGUGGAAGGCAAAUGCUGUAAAAUCUGCCAAGAUGAAGGUGCCAGGGUGGCACCCACAGAUGAAGUCGGUACCACCAGGUGUGUGCGGAACCCCAACAAGAUAUUUGUUUACAUGUACAUGACCUCCAGCAGCGCGGGGCAGAGGGAGAAUGUAAGGAAGAUUGCUAUUGAGAAAGAAGCAUCAGAAGAUGUGGAGAUCUAUGUCUGGAAAAUGGUUAAAGGAAUAUUCCACCUGAUCCAGAUUAAAAAGAUGUCAAAACAAGACUUCAAGCAAGAGGCAGAACAUUUCAGAUUAGUCACCAGAACAAGUGAAGGCCAGUGGAACAUAUUCCGGCCCCAGCCACAUGACCUAAACAUGACGGAGGGACCCGACAGAGAAGUAGAGAAUUUGUAACAGGAACAAAAUCUGUGACCCAAAGCCGAUUUUAUGGAGCAGAUGUGACGAGAUGAGAACGGCAACGUCCAAAGCAAAACCUUAUUCAGCAUGCACAAUGUAGGGAACCUGGAGAAGGGUUGGAACCGCCCAAGAGCUGAAGGAUACACUUUGCCAGCACUUGGGCAGAUUUAAUUGCAGACUGUGGGGGCCCCCUGCACCCCUUAAUUUCCCUUUUACUGGAAGGCUCCACUUCUUUCUCCUCCCUGAUGAGAACCAAUUGCCUGCAGUUAUGAAUUAUAUCUUUACAUCAUCGGA